CUGUCUAGUCCCGUGGCGACCGCACCCGCCAGUGCUCCUGUGGGUGUCCCCCAUAUUGAUCAGAUGUUGCGACCUAUGGGUCAAUUGGAGGCCUUUGUCAACACCAUCUCUAUGAGCGCCAGUCUGGAAAGCUCUGGCGCCGAUGGCCUGGUAAUUGCGAGCGAAAGUUCUGCCUUCUGCCAGUCUGAAUCUUCCUCCUCCUCCACUGCCGCUGCUGCUGAGUCGGAUACACCUGGUGAGGCAGUGGCCGUCAUUCCGAUAUCAUCCACUGAGGAAACCCUUCCCGUGCAGCCCUCUUCAGAAGAAGUUGUGGAGAGCAAAGAAGACGAAGACGUUGUUCCUGAUGAGUCUCUCCAGGCAGCAGGAAGCUUAACUGCAGAGGAGGACAACAAAGAACUUUCAGAGGGUGGUGCCCUUUCGCGCGACCUUGAGGCCUGCGCAAGUCCUGCUAAAAGACCACGUCUCAUGUCUCCUUCCACCACCGUACAUGGACUUCCAUUGACUGAAUGCCAGGAUUCGGAGCCUGUUAUUCACACGGCGGUUCUCUACUGUCUUUUUAAAACCUCGCCCUUCCCCGUUGCACUCUCCGUACACCCAUCAGUUGUCGUGUUCUCAAAAUGCGUCCCUUCCUACUCUCUUUUCACUGGGCAUAUUGUGCGUAUCCUUGUUGUCCUAAGUCCCUCCUGGUCAUAA